GUGCAUUCCAUCGCUCCAUUUGCAUCUUUAACUCUUUCUCUGCGUCAUGAGUGUCUCGUAUUCCAGCUUCAUUCUGUGCCUCUUCCUGAGCGCCCUUGUCGCUGUUCAGGCGGGUAUUAUCACUAGCCAUCCCGACGAGCUAAUCAGUGGUCCUGCCCAGUAUGAGUUCCAUUACUCUGUCCACGACAGCCACACCGGCGAUGUUAAGGAUCAGUUUGAGCACCGACGGGGCGAAUACGUGACGGGUCGCUACUCUCUAAUCGAGCCCGAUGGCCAUCGUCGCAUUGUGGACUACACUGCCGACCCGCUGUUGGGCUUCAAUGCCCAGGUCCGUCGGGAGCCGCUGUCUCGUUAUUGAAAUGGCUUUUUCGGAGAAAGGACAAAGGACAUUCCCAAGUGACCCCGGACUCGUGAUUUCUCUUCAUUAAUUUGUAGCUGUAAUGGAGGAUGAAUACUUGUAGAAUAAAUCAAAUGGCUGUUUAGUUAGAAAAUCAGUAACUAAAGCGAUUAUGCUUUAAAUUA